CUUCCAACUGAUCCAACAACAUAUUACAAAACCCCUUCGCGAUGAAUAGUCAUUAAAAAGGAAAAGUGAUUAUGAGUCGACAUAGUGGACCGUGAAAUGCUUGCUCGCUUCGGAGAAAUGCUAAGCAGCAACAGCGGCAUCUGUAGUGGUUAUAGUGUCUAUAGUCGACUAUAAUCUCAGUAGCAACCGCAAAAGUGGGGCUCCAGCUCCAUUCCACAACUAUACUUACUACCUGAUACUACGUGUGUAGGUAUAUUCCAAUUCAUACACUUUGAAUUCAAAAAGCCAAAACAAAGUUUCAGUCUUCGGCGGCUGGCACUCACCUUCGGAAGUUGCAACAAUCAACAACACAAACCUAUACGUGAACCUAAAGACCCCAAACCUAAGUAUAUUCCUAUUAACUGCCAACUCUACUCUCUUAGGUUUUGUCACAAUAUGCACUUAAGUGUAAGCAUUUAACUGUGUUCAAUCCAAAAUCUUGUGUGGUGCAAAUAAAAGUGAAAACAUUUUGUUCAACUACAUUGUUCACAUUUUAAUAGUGCUUGAUUCUAUAAUUCAUAAAUUCCAUCCGACAAUUACAAUCGUGCUGUCUGCCAUACACCCUGUUUUUAAGUUUAUUAAUUCCGCUGUGUUAAACAUAACUUAUUGUAAUCAGUAUCAAACAAAAAUCCGAGUUAUUUUGUAUUUCUUUUUAAUUUCAAAAUUGUCUUUUGCAAAAAGACUUUCGAUUUCAAUUGUUUCGUUUGUACAGUGGGGUCUUGAAAAAUUCCACACGAUAUCUUAAAGAUAAAUACAAUUCGAGUUCGUUGUAUUGUUCAUUGUGUUGUUUUAUAGUGAGUUACGUUUAUUUAACAAACAAAUCAACAGUAAUCCGAAUGUGGAUAUAACAAGAGCUAAUUGGAUUAUAAAAUUUAUUAUGGAAACCCACGUUAUAUGGAUAUGUUUGGUUGCCAUCUGUAUCAGCUUAUCAUUGAUUGUUAACGGACACAGCCAACAGAAAAUUUCUACUGAUAAAUCAUUUCCUUUUCAGUCAAACUUGGACAACCCUUUUUCUUAUGAUGUUGAAAAAACAAGAAUAUCACGAAGCUUUAAGGAAACUUCAUCCAAGGUUAAAAACGAAAGUGAUGAUGAUGGCGAUAGUGAUGAUGAUGACAGUGAUUACAUUUAUUACGACGAUGAGAGUGACAGUUCAAGUGCUAGUAACGAAUCGGGACAAGGACGUUUACUCUCUCAAUCUGCCUUUAAUAGGAUUUCAGAAACUCUUGGUGCUUUGAACACAGUUGGUCAUUUCAUUGUUGAUAUGACACGAGGAGGUCAAGAUUCUAAAUCAGAAUCUGAUGAAGAUCAUUCGACAGCAACAAAUACAAAAACAACAACUUCAUUUCCGGUUUUGGAAAACUCUAUUGGUGAAAUUGCUAACUACACUUUAACCGAACCUGAACCAAUUAAACGAAUUGGUGAAGCUAAUGAAGGAAAUGUUCAAUCUUUUGUUGAAAAUAAAAAGAAGAAAAAGAAGAAGAACAAAGUGAAGAAGCCUACUGUGUUAUCAACAACUGAAAAAGCUAAUAUCGAAGCAGCAAUUCUUACUACAACCACAGUUAGACCGACAAUAAGUACAACAGUGACCAGUUCCCCUCCGACAACAUCUACCCCGAUCUAUAUUCCAGCGAUUGUUGAUGAUUCAUUAGCAAAAGAUGGUGAAAACCGUUGUAAGACACCGAAUGGACGACCCGGAAGAUGUGAAGACUUAAGUAGUUGUCCAGCUCUUUUGUUAAAUCUUAGCAGCUUGCGCGAAUCUCUAUGUUUUAAGAGCCUUUUUGUUCCGGGAGUAUGUUGUCCAUUGUCAGAAAGCACCGUUUUGACCACUCAGCGGCCUUUGAGGCUGACUCCCAGGCCAACACAAGCCUCCACAACAACAACUAGUAGACCACCAACCAAACGGCCAAGCUCGCCGAAUUUAGUUCUGAUUCCACAAAUGAAGCCGGUUACUACAACAACAACAACUACUACGACAAGUCGGCCAGUGGAACCAUCUGCUCUCGGUCCAGAUUCGAAUGAUUUAGACAUUUUGACUGGAGUGAUUGACCAAGAAGAUUGUGGACAGCAAGAACAUUCUACUGGACGUAUUGUGGGUGGUACAGAAGCUCCGAACGGUCAAUGGCCUUGGAUGGCUGCAAUCUUUUUACAUGGACCAAAACGCACCGAGUUCUGGUGCGGAGGGUCAUUAGUUGGAUCGAAAUAUGUCUUGACAGCUGCGCAUUGUACAAGGGAUUCAAGGCAAAAACCUUUUGCAGCAAGACAGUUUACUGUUCGAUUGGGUGAUAUUGAUCUAUCAACAGAUGAUGAACCAUCGGCACCUGUUACUUUCGGAGUGAGAGAAGUUAGGGCUCAUGAAAGAUUUUCACGUAUUGGCUUUUACAAUGAUAUUGCAAUCUUAGUGCUCGAUCGCCCAGUUCGUAAGUCUAAAUACGUAAUUCCAGUAUGUUUACCCAGGAUUGGAAGAAUGCCACCAAAAGAUCGACUUCCUGGACGUAGGGCGACAGUUGUAGGUUGGGGAACAACAUAUUAUGGUGGCAAGGAGUCAACAUCUCAAAGACAAGCUGAGUUACCUAUUUGGCGAAAUGAAGAUUGUGAUCGAUCAUAUUUCCAACCAAUUAAUGAAAAUUUCCUAUGUGCUGGUUAUUCGGAUGGUGGGGUUGAUGCUUGUCAGGGUGACUCUGGUGGCCCGCUCAUGAUGCGAUAUGAUACUCGAUGGAUUCAACUGGGUAUUGUAUCAUUUGGGAAUAAAUGCGGUGAACCGGGAUAUCCUGGAGUUUAUACAAGAGUAUCACAGUAUCUGGACUGGAUACAUAAUCAUACACGGGAUUGAAGUAUUCUCUUGUUAUGCAGCGUAUGAUUUGAAAAAAUGUACCUAGUUUAUGACUGAAGUUGUUAAUUUAAUUUUAAUUAUCCCAUUGAGUGUAUUUAUUGACAAACAAAAAUUUAAUUUAAUUAAUAUUUUGCUUUAAUAUUUGUAUUUAAUAUUUUUAUUUAAAUUCAUGACUAAAUUAUUUUUGAAAUAAAAG